AUGCGCUUCACAUCGGGCUGCAACCACCCCAGUUUCACCCUCCCCUGGAGGACCCUCCUGCCUUAUCUCGUGGCUCUGCACCUCCUCGAGCUGGGAUCAGCCCAGCUCAGGGUGGUGGCACCGAGCCUCCGUGUCACUGCCAUCGUGGGACAGGAUGUCGUGCUGCGCUGCCACUUGUGCCCUUGCAAGGAUGCUUGGAGAUUGGACAUCAGAUGGAUCCUGCAGCGGUCCUCUGGUUUUGUGCACCACUACCAAAAUGGAGAGGACCUGGAGCAAAUGCAGGAAUAUAAAGGGAGGACAGAACUGCUCAGGGAUGGUCUCUAUGAUGGAAACCUGGAUUUGCGCAUCACUGCUGUGAGCACCUCCGAUAGUGGCUCAUACAGCUGUGCUGUGCAGGAUGGUGAUGGCUAUGCAGACGCUGUGGUGGACCUGGAGGUGUCAGAUCCCUUUUCCCAGAUCGUCCAUCCCUGGAAGGUGGCUCUGGCUGUGGUCGUCACAAUUCUCGUUGGGUCAUUUGUCAUCAUUGUUUUUCUCUGUAGGAAGAAAGCGGCACAGAGCAGAGAGCUGAAGAGAAAAGAUGCAGCGUUGGCGGAACUAGAUGAGAUAUCGGGUUUAAGUGCUGAAAAUCUGAAGAAAUUAGCUUCAAAACUGAACGAAAAUGCUGACGAAGUGGAGGAUUGCAAUUCAGAGCUGAAGAAAGACUGUGAAGAGAUGGGUUCUGGCGUUGCAGAUCUGAAGGAACUGGCUGCAAAAUUGGAGGAAUAUAUUGCAGUGAAUCGGAGAAGGAAUGUAAAGUUGAAUAAUAUAGCUGCCAAACUGGCACAACAAACUAAAGAAUUGGAGAAACAGCAUUCACAGUUCCACAGACACUUUCAGCGUAUGGAUUUAAGUGCUGUAAACCAGAAGAAACUGGUUACAAAACUGGAGGAACACUUUGAAUGGAUGGAGAGAAGGAAUGUAAAUUUGGAGAUACCAGCUGUAAUACUGGGGCAACAAGCUAAAGAAUCAGAGAAACAGAAAUCGGAGCUGAAGGAGCGCCAUGAGGAGAUGGCAGAACAAACUGAAGCAGUGGUGGUAGAUACUGAAGAAGCGGAAAAACCAUCUGAAGACUUGGAUUGA